CGUGGGACUUUUAGGAAUUCAUAUUAACCAUCCAGACUCUCUAUCUCCUGACUGACAUGUUGCGAUGUUCCGUGCAGCCUUACAAAACGUGGACUUGCUUUGGGUGAUUUUGUUUUAUUUUGUUUUUCUACCGGAGACUGGCUGUGGAUCAGCCGAUGCAGACAGCUGUCAUGAGGUGAAAACAGCCUACAUGAUGCGCCAAAUAGGCCCGGUGGAGCUGGUGCCAGACAGGCCGGGAACAGAUGAGUCUCUCCGAGUGUGUGUCCACCCUGGGCCCAGCUGCUGCACCAGUAAGAUGGAGGACAGCUACAUGGCGGCUGUUCGCAGUGAGACGCAGCAGAAGAUGCGAUCCUACAGUUUUGAACUGAAGUACCUGAUUGCUGGACACACCAAGGCCUACCAAGAGACCUUCGAGUCGCUGGUGUCCUUCACAUCUAACCUGACCAGCACUCUGUUCGACAGCGCUUACUCUGCUCUGGCGUCCGACUGUCGCUCCAUUGUGCUUCAGCUGUUCAGCGACAUCACACUCCACCUUUCAGGGGACUCAAAAUCCUCAUUGGACAACACUGUGCGUCGGUUCUACAAUGACCUUUUCCCGUUGGUCUACCGCCGCCUGCUCAACCCUGGGAUCGGCCACAUGUCACCCAAGUCCCAUUCCUCCCCCUCAACCAACCACGACGACUGCCUGCGGAUGACGAGGCAGGACGUCAGCCCGUUCGGACCUCAUCCUCGCCUUCUGGUCAGCAGUUUGUCCCGUGCGCUCGAGGCGGGCCGAGCACUGAGCCGACUGCUGAGACUGGCUGGAGAGGUUGUGAACGCGACCGAGAGGGCAUCGCUAUCCAGAGAAUGUGGGCGAGGCUUAGUGAGGAUGCAGUACUGCUCCCACUGCAGAGGGAUGACGCUGAUACGGCCCUGUACCGGACUGUGUGUCAACAUUAUGAGAGGAUGUCUGGUGGGUGUAUCAGAGCUUGGCGCCCCCUGGGGGAGUUUGGUGGUGUUGCUGCAACGGUUAGCUGCUACGUUAGCAACCAGCAGCAACCACAACAGCAUGGAGUUAGCGCUGUUAGCGGUCCGAAAUCAUGUGAAUGAUGCUAUACUGCACGCUCAGCUGCACGGGCCACGCGUCACAGCCACAGUAGAGAAGGUGUGUGGACCCCAGGCAGCUGGUCCCAUGAUGCCAAGUGCAAAUCCCACCGGCUCGCAUGUCACAGCCUCUGUGAGCCCUUCUACAUCAGUAACCUCAGGGAGGUCAAACGUGACAUCGCCUCCCUCAGCGGGUCCAGCUGCUCAUCAGCGUCUGCAGCCUCAAUCCCGGAGGUCAUUUCCUCUUAAAGGCUCCAGAGGAGACAAGAGUCGCAGCCUGAAAAAACUGUCUAGGGAGUUUGAGAGCUCUAUCCAGCGGUACCAGUGGUUUUUCUCAGAGCUGCCAGAGAUGCUUUGUGAAAGUGAGAUGGAGGUUGAGCAGCACACAUGCUGGAGUGGCCAAGACGUGGUAGAGAGUUAUGCAGGUCGUGUAGUUGACAGCAGUUUAAAAGCCCAGAAGGAGAACCCAGAGAUGACCAUCCGUAAUACAGAUCCUGUCCUGAAGGGAGCGAAACAGAGGCUGGAGCAGCUAACACAGGAGCUGUUAGUGGACCUCGGCUGGGCGAGCAAAACCAGAGGAAAGGUGGAGGAAGAGGAGGGAGGCAGCGCGCAGACAGAGAGAGGCAGCGGAGACGACUGCGAUGAUGAAGAUGGCUGUGAAGCAUCUGGUGUUGAGAACGGUGACGAGACAGGUGAUGCAUCCAGCGGCCAUAGUCCAGCGACAAAGGACGUGGCUCCUCCUCCACCUCGUCGCCUCGUCCCUCCUGAACACCUCCCACCUCCACAGGUGGCUGUUCAAGGCUCAGCCCACACGUUGUCUGUUGAACCUUUGACCCUGUGGACCCUGCUGCUCUUACUGCUGUCACCAUGGGAACACCGCUGACCGUCUGACAGAGACAAAAAGACUGAGAGACAACCACACGUGUUUGGUGGUGAGGAUGAAUAUUUGGAGUUUCUGUAAGCAGAAACCAUUCUGGUUGUUUUUGUUUUGUGUGGGACAGGCUGUGGGUUCAUCACAGUUGCAGGUGCACAGUAUGCAUUUUUAUGUUACCUGUACUGACCUCUACAUGUGUUUGUUUAUGUGUAUUUAACUCUGAUAGGAUAGAUUGCACAGCACUACUGACUUUUUUUUUUGAAGAGAGAUGUAAAUACAAAUAUAUAUAUAUUAUAUAUUUAUAUAAAGAAUUUCUAUAGAUAACGACGGCUUGAUGUGUAAAUAGAGAUUAAUAUAGAACAGAACAGACUUGGAUGUAAAGGGAUGUUCUGUUUAGUUUGAUCUUUACAUUUUGUAUCUCACACGGUGACUAAGAUCCAUGACAGCUACAGUUCAAGCUGCAAGGUGCUUACAGUGAAGGCACACUAGUGAGGACGCAUUAAUGUUGAAGAGAACUCAGCACUCAAUGGACAAAGAAAACAAUUAUGUGAUACUUCAGACCAUUGACAGAUGGCCAUGCAGCAUAAUGAAGAAGUUGACAGUUUGGCCUAUAAGUCUGUGCAGACUGAAGCCCAUCCGGCACUUUUUCCCCCCACAAACAUGCUUUGUUGUUCAUGCAAGCUGGGUGAUUUCUUUCUUUUUUUGAAUCAAGUAUGUUGAAGAUUUUAACACUUGCUCAACAUUUGAAUGCCUCAAAAUGACUCUUUAAUAGCAGAGCUCUCUCCCAGGAAACUGUGUCCUCUGGUAGUUUGUCAUUUCUACGCAUAUAAUACCUUUUAUAGUUUUGGUAGUUGGCGAAAAUUAAGUUAAAACUAUUUUCUUCUCAAGAUCUACAGUGUGCAGAAUUGUAAAAGCACUACAGGGAGGGAUGUGACAGCUUCAAUUUCACUUUUAAGCUGCCAUAGUCAUCCUCAACUCAAAGCUCUGUUAAAAAUAGAAGUUAUCUACAAUAAAAUACAGCUAAUAUUAUAAAAUGCGAAAUAUGUCCCGCAUGUAUGAUCGAGAAAACAUAAAUAUCUGCCUGAACACUGAAUCAUUUGACAUCUUGUUGUCAUAUACAAACACUGAACUGUCCCAGUGAUUUAAAACGCUGGCUCGUUUCCAAAUGCAUUAAUGAAAACUGCAAUAAUAUGAUAAUAUUCAACAUAUAUAUAUAUAUAUAUAUAUAUAUAU